AUGCUGCGAUACUCUGUUUUGCAUGUCCUUAAGAUGUUUCAUGACUACGAGUCUACGAACACAAUUGAAACAUCUGCCAUUGACAAGCGAAUCGCAAUCCCUAAUGAUGACAUGUUGGAACGCCAUCAACGCUUUAAGCGUGGAGAAACAACAACGAGUUUGGUGUAUGUACUGCCCUUUGAUGGUCGUCUGAAGUCGCGAAGCCUUUGUAAAGCUGAACCCCAGAAAUCAGUCGACUCCUCGGUGCCUUCCAGACAAGGGAGCCUCGCUUCUAACGAAACGGAUAAACCAGUUGGAGUGAUAUCUUCCUCUUCUCUCCAACUUGUCGACUAUCAACGUGACUUCACUCCCACUUUACUUCGAGCUCAUCGUCUGGAUCAACUGUCAGAAGCAUAUGCAAACAUACUCUCUGCAGUUGGUGAGAAUAUUCAACGUCCUGGGCUGCUGAGAACCCCCGAGAGAGCGGCCAAGGCACUACUCUAUUUCACAAAGGGUUAUGAAGAAAGAGUGAGUGACGUCCUAAACGAUGCAAUUUUUGACGAAGACUAUGAUAAACUUGUGGUUGUGCGAGAUAUCGAGAUGUUUUCAAUGUGUGAGCACCACAUGAUCCCCUUCAUGGGACGAGUAUCAGUGGGUUACUUACCCAAUGGAAAGGUGAUUGGUUUAAGUAAAAUCGCAAGGAUUGUGGAAGUGUUUUCGCGACGUCUGCAGGUGCAGGAGCGGCUCACACACCAGAUUGCCGAGGCUCUGAUGACCGCCCUUCGACCCCGUGGUGUGGGUGUUUUAGUGGAGGCCACCCAUAUGUGUAUGGUGAUGCGCGGAGUUCAGAAGGUCAAUGCAUUCACUGUGACCUCCGUGAUGAUGGGUGAGAUGGAGGAAGACGCAAAGUACCGACGCGAGUUUUUAAUGAUGAUUGGCAAGCAUUAA